AUGGAAGAGAAUUACGAGGACUCUCGCUUUAAAGACGGGAACAGGAUUCCAUGUCGCAACGCCGCAAAGAUCUUUGUGCAUGGGGCGAAAGCAGGAUCUGAAGCUAGGUUGGAAAACGCAACAAGCACUGAUGUGAGCGAUUUCCAGCUUCUCCCCACCGAUCUUGUAAGUGCCUCAGCAAAGCACAUUCACCUUGCUGGUAUUCGAAUGGAGGUGAACAGUACUCUAAUACAGGCGUGGUGAGACCUAUCUACCCUUGAAGGCAGCCGUGGUUCAGAUCUGGCUGUUACGCUGGGGUCUGUGUUGGGGGUAUUGUCGCUUUCUUAGUGGUUUUGGGUGUGAUUGCGUUGUACUUAACGUAACGCUCCGAUCGCUUCGAGACACUCACGGUACCAACCAAUGCUGCCCAAAUGAGCUCGCCUACGACCGACGCUACUUUUUACGUCUCUCGUGGUGAUUCAUCUACGUUACAUUCGUGACUACGACGCCCUGCCGCCCGGGAUACCUCACGCGAGGCACGGGCCAACCGCGAUGCCUUCCUGGCGGGAUGCUCAAGACCGGCCCUUACACGUAGGGGCGUCAUGAAGGGGAUGGCGUGCUCGGGGACAGGACAGCAGCGGAUGACCUUGCGUACGGACGCGAAGAAUCAAGGGCGUCGAGAUGCUGUCCAUGGGCUUGUGCCAGGGGACCAUCGUCAAGACGCGAGCGACUGGCUUGCGAGAAGACGCCAAGGCGGGGCUUGCGUUUGGGGGAGAGAGGAGAACACCGCUGGACUACACCCUAUAUGUUGAAGUUCUAUCUUACGUUCAAGUUUCUUGCCUUGGUGGAAUGCUCGAAGGGUGGGGUGGAAACAAUGGCUGCAAGAUAACGGGGACCCUUGUCUCCGACAAAAAGAAGUUUUCCUGCGAUACUGCCAAGGUACCGAGAAGUCCAAACCUCUGCGGGUCGGUUGUGAUGUCGUCGGCCGAAGAGAAGCGCACGAAUCACGAAAUUAUGGACGAGGUCAUGCUGAAGAGUAAAAAGUACAAGGCGAAGCGCUAGCAGGACAGGCAUGAGGCUGACGCAGAAGGCCAAGCCUGACCAGGAGCUGCCAGAUAUCAUGCCUAUACUGACGCAGGCUGGGGUGACAUUGCGAAGAGGAAGGCGCAGGGGAAGAGGACAGGAAAAGUAGGGAGCUGGAGAACCUCAUAGAGAUGAAAGUGAUGAGAAAACACUGUAUGCACAAUGCUGUCGAAUCCGAUUCCGAGGGCAAAGAGGGGUGUCGUGACAAUGCAUCAUCUAGAAGGCCGAGGUAAAAGGCGAACAAGAGAAAUCGCUGCGCUUGUGGGGAUGACUUUGAUGGUGGUUAUGAGCUGCCGGACAGCCAUGAUAAUGAUGAUAGGGAGGAGUAUGAUCAGGCGCAUGCGCCGGAUGAGGAGGCUUACGCAUCAGACCGGGAUCAUGCUUCCGACAGGGCAGAGAGCGAGGAGGACCGCGAAGGGGCAGAACUAGCGCAACGCAGGGGCGCAUGCGCAUCGCGAAUAGAAAAGCGCGUGACAAGGGGAACGUGUAUGACGAAGACACAAAGGAGACUAACAGUAUGGAACAUAAUUCGCAAAGAAGCCGUUACAUUCGAAGCUUCGGGGAAGAAAUAAACGGAACAUUUCAAGGA